AAUGUGGCACAUUGUCACCCGUAAGAAUGAUAAGUUGCUGAAAUUCUUUGUUUACGUGUGAUGAUAAUAUUACUAUUACUUAUGCUAUUAUUAAUAGAUUGCAAUCGUUUGAAUGUUGCCUUCCCUCCGCGCCCCCCCCCCCUAAAACACACACACAAUUCUGUAGACACACCAUGUAAUAUCUUGUUCAACAUUUGUCGUUUGUGUUUCAGCACACGGAUCAGUUGAACCAACAAGACUGCAACGACUUUCGUGUUCAGGUUAGUGGCUGUAGUGUUUACGUAAUCACCAAGUAGGCCUAGUGGUUAACUUUUACCAGAGUUUCCGAAGAUUUUGGGGCUAGUUAAAAAAAAAUAUCAAUCCAUAAAUUUAACUAUUUAUUUAUUUAUAUAUAUAUAUAUAUAUAUAUAUAUAUUUAUUUUUAAAAAAAAAAUUUUUUUUUGGGGGGGGGGGAUAUUAAUAGUACUAAUGUAGGGGUCGAGAACCUAUGUCUCGCGAACCAGAUGUGGCUCAAUUGAUGGCUGCAUCUGGCUCGCAGACAAAUGUUCGAUUAUUAAAAAAAAAAAGUUUCUUUAGACUCCUUUGAUUAGCAACAGCAUAACAAUGUUAUUAAAAAGAAUUCAGAGACCUAAUUAUUGCAUUUUUAGUGUUGAAAUUACACAAAAUGCACACAUUUAUUUGAAUUUUUUAGUUUUAAACAUAAUGUAUGGCUCUCACAGAAUUACUUUUCAAAAUGUUUGGUGUCCAUGGCUCUCACAGAAUUACUUUUCAAAAUGUGUGGUGUCCAUGGCUCUCACAGAAUUACUUUUCAAAAUGUGUGGUGUCCAUGGCUCUCUCAGAAUUACUUUUCAAAAUGUGUGGUGUCCAUGGCUCUUUCAGAAUUACUUUUCAAAAUGUGUGGUGUCCAUGGCUCUCACAGAAUUACGUUUCAAAAUGUGUGGUGUCCAUGGCUCUCACAGAAUUACUUUUCAAAAUGUGUGGUGUCCAUGGCUCUCUCAGAAUUACUUUUCAAAAUGUGUGGCCUCCAUGGCUCUCACAGAAUUACUUUUCAAAAUGUGUGGUGUCCAAGGCUCUCACAGAAUUACUUUUCAAAAUGUGUGGUGUCCAUAUGGCUCUCACAGAAUUACUUUUCAAAAUGUGUGGUGUCCAUGGCUCUCUCAGAAUUACUUUUCAAAAUGUGUGGUGUCCAUGGCUCUUUCAGAGUUACUUUUCAAAAUGUGUGGUGUCCAUGGCUCUCACAGAAUUACUUUUCAAAAUGUGUGGUGUCCAUGGCUCUCACAGAAUUACUUUUCAAAAUGUGUGGUGUCCAUGGCUCUCACAGAAUUACUUUUCAAAAUGUGUGGUGUCCAUGGCUCUCACAGACAAAAAGGUUCCCGACCCCUGUAUGAACGACUAGAGUUUACACUUUUUUUUGAGUUGGGGGUGGGGGGUCGGGGGUGGGGGAGGGGUCAGUAGUAUUUAGGGCUAGAUUUUACCGAGUUGUUGGACUUAGUGUUUGCACGGUUGUGUUUACGAUUUGAUGUUAAAGCUGGUCAAGUGGUAAUUUGAAUUUUAAUCCAGCCAGAUAUGUUGGUUGGCUAGUAUGGAAACACGAGGCGUCAGUUCAACAGUGUGUGUUGUAUGAUAGAGACAUAGUAUAUGAAUGGCCGGUCAGUUCAACCUUGGCAUUGUGGGUUGUAUUAUAUAGACAUAGUAUAUGAACGGUCGGUCAGUUCAACCUUGCGGGGUGUAUGAUAUAGACCCUUGCGGGUUGUAUGAUAUAGACAUAGUAUAUGAAUGGCCGGUCAGUUCAACCUUGUGGGUUGUAUGAUAUAGACAUAGUAUAUGAAUGGUCGGUCAGUUCAACCUUGUGGGUUGUAUGAUAUAGACAUAGUAUAUGAAUGGUCGGUCAGUUCAACCUUGCGGGGUGUAUGAUAUAGACCCUUGCGGGUUGUAUGAUAUAGACAUAGUAUAUGAAUGGCCGGUCAGUUCAACCUUGUGGGUUGUAUGAUAUAGACAUAGUAUAUGAAUGGUCGGUCAGUUCAACCUUGCCAUUGUGGGUUGUAUGAUAUAGACAUAGCAUAUGAAUGGUCGGUCAGCUCAAUCUUGGCAUUGUGGGUUGUAUUAUAUAGACAUGGUAUAUGAAUGAUCGGUCAGCUCAACCUUGCGGGUUAUAUGAUAUAGACCCUUGCGGGUUGUUUGAUAUAUAGAAAUUGUAUAUGAAUGGCCGGUCAGUUCAACCUUGUGAGUUGUAUGAUAUAGACAUAUAUAUGAAUGGCCGGUCAGUUCAACCUUGUGAGUUGUAUGAUAUAGACAUAUAUAUGAAUGGCCGGUCAGUUCAACAUUGUGGGUUGUAUGAUAUAGACAUAGUAUAUGAAUGGCCAGUCAGUUCAAUCUUGUGGGUCGUAUGAUAUAGAAUAUGAAUUCAUGAAUGGCCGGUUUAUUUUGAUCGUAGGAUACCUGAACAUAUAAUAUAACGUGAAGGGGGUAGGGGGUGUUUUAUCAUUUUGUUAUAUUUUUGUUAUAUUGUGUUAAAUAGGAGGGAAAAGAGGUGAGGGCGGGUGAUACUGUGUAAAUAACAAUUAUUUUUAUGUUGUUGUUUUUUAAAUGAAUUCUCAAUUUGCUUUUCAAUUUUAAGAAAUUAUCCUGGAUUUUUAAAUACUGAUUUUUUUUAUUUUUUUUUGCUUUCGAUAAUUAAAAUAUGAAAAAAAUUGUGGCAUUUUGUUAGAAAUUUAAUUUUGAUUUAUUUAUUUAUUUUUUUACUAUGUUUUAUCGGGUGGGUUUGGUUGGUAAAAAUGUUAUAUAAUUUUAGUGGGUUAUGGUCAAUUUAAAUGUUCCACAAAGUUAAAAGUUCUAGAUUUGAGUAAAAAAUUUCCUAUUUUUGUGUUGUUUUUUUAGAAACCCACGCUUGUAUCUUGUUUUGUAAGGAACCCACACUUGUAUCUAACCCACACUUGUGCCUUGUUUUGAUGGAAGGGGAAAAAAAUCGUUAAUGACAACUUAUUUAGCAACAUAUCUUUUAUUUUUCUUGUUAAUAAAUACAAUAGUGUUAAGGAUGUACAAUAAUUAAUUUUUUAAAUAUAUAUAUGUUGUUUUUUUUUUUUAAAUUGAAACCCAGAUGACGAGUACUUACUUGUGCGCAGACGUCAACUGUGAAUACGACCAGACAUACUUAUUUAGCAACAUAUCUUUUAUUUUUCUUGUUAAUAAAUACAAUAGUGUUAAGGAUGUACAAUAAUUAAUUUUUUAAAUAUAUAUAUGUUGUUUUUUUUUUUUUAAAUUGCAACCCAGAUGACGAGUACUUACUUGUGCGCAGACGUCAACUGUGAAUACGACCAGACAAUGAUCCUAGAAAUGUAAGAUCAGAGAAUAAACAUUUUGCAUAAAUGGUUUUAGAUUUUUUAAAAAACACACACAGAGAUAAAUAAAUAUAGGCCUAUGCAUUAAUAUAUACCGGUAUUUAUAUAUUUUGUUGAAUACCCGUUUCUUAGAUAAUGGCAGAAGCUAUCAAAUUCGGAUAAUAUCUAUGCGGAAUUCGCUACAGGCUCUUAUAAAACUCAAGUUACUCCAGCCACGUGCAAGUGGUGCGUGUCUUACCUUGGGAGCUUGCUUCCUAAACUAUAUGCUCACACACAACAACGUCGGGUCUACUUUAUUUUUAUUAAAAAUAUUUCAAUUUCCUCGUCAAAUUUUCCAAACCGUAUCGUACAAAUAGGUUCGAACCGCGGAAAAACCUGCCAGAGGCUCCCCUUGACACCGUCGAGUCCUGCAACCUCACCAAAACAUGUCCGACGGGGGGCGACGUGUUGGGGGAAGAGACGACGACAUUCGGGGAAUCCUAUGACGAUUACCUGAAUGAGCUCAAGGAACUGGAAGAUGAGAUCGAAGACGCGAUAAAGGUGGCAGACGGCGACGAGCUGACUGAAAGCGUGUCAGUCGCGCCGACGGUGGACAACAACGAGAGAACCGGUGAAGGUGGCAGCGAGCAGUUUGACGGGGAUAUCAACACAGGCUCGGUAAGUUACAGAGAUUGUAAUUGUAAUGGAAGGGUGGAGGGAUGGAUGGAUGGAUGGAUGGACGGGUCAAUGGAUGUGUUGAUGGAAGUAGGGAUAAUUAAUGGAUGAAUGUAUGGAUGGAUGGAAGAGCGGAUGGAUGAACGGACGGAUGAAUGGACGGACGGAGGGAUGGAUGGAUAGCCCGAUUGAUGGGUAUAAGGAUGAGUGGAUAUAUGGAUGGAUGAAUGAAUGUGUUGAUGAAAGAAGGAAUGAUUAAUGGAUGGAUCGACGGACGAACGGAUUGGAUGGAUAGUGCGAUUGGUAGGUAGAUAGAUGAUUGGAUAAAUGGGUGUAUGUGUUGAUUAAUGAAUGGAUGUGUUGGAUGAAAGUAAGGAUAAUUAAUGGAUGGUUGGACGGAGGGAUGGAUUGGGGGAUGGAUGGAUAGAUGUAUAGAUGGAUUGUUUGAUGAAAAGAUGGAUUUUCAAAUGGAAGGGUAAAUGAAGAUGCAUGAGUGGAUGGAUGGAUGGAUGGUUGGCCGAUAAGGGAGAGAGUCAUACACAAACUUCUGAAACACCAAUUUUAGUAUGCUUUUUGCAAUUGUAGUUUUGCGUGUAGGAAACAACUGAAAUGGUGUUCAUUCAAUUGUUGAAAACCCAACUCGUUGAUCAAUUUAUCACUCUAUCCCUAAGGAUUAAAACCUCCUUCGAAAUCAGGUCACGUGUACAACAAGGCAUUUAUUCUAAUAAGCUUUUUUUAACAUUAGAGAUUUUUUUUUAUAACGCUUCCCCACAAAGGUGUAGAUAGCUCAACUCUAUUAUUGAAUUAACACAGACAACCUAAUAGUUACUAAGUCUAAGUAAUAGGAUGUGAUAAACUAAGUCUAAGUAAUAGGAUGUGAUAAACUAAGUCUAAUUAAUAGGAUGUGAUAACCUAUACCCCGAGCGCCCACACAUGUCCUACCCAUGUCCUCAUCUCUUUUCAGACCGGAAUGUUUGACGAGGACAGGCCCAUGCUGUACGGUCUCAUUACCAUGACGAUCGUCCUGAUGGUGGGUCUCGUGGGCGUGGCCUACAUCGGUUUCAGGCGGUACAGGCGCACGUUGUUCGCCAAUUACAGGCGGGGCUACUCACAGUUGACAGAGGAGGAGUCCAAGAUGCUCCGUCAAGAAUACAACUGAUGGAUUGGUUGGGAUGUCGGGAUCUUACGGGGGGGAAGGUUUUGAGAGAGCAAAGUGGAUGGGGGUGGGUGGCUGAGUUUGAAGCAUCGAUGUGUGCACGUAUCAAUUUGUUGACAGUGUCUAACAAAGUCUACUAACCCAUCACACGGGGAAAGACUGUCAGAAUCCCUUGUUCAUAUUUGUUUAAAACACUUCAAACAUUUUUUUUUUUUUUUAAAUCUUUGAAUCUACCCUGCAUUAGUUCAAACACGAACUGCGUUUUAACUUGAUGAAGGUUUACAUUUCAUCAGAUAAAAGAGGUGCAUUGCAAGUUGCAUGAUAUCUGAUAUAAUUGUUCUGUUAUGAAAAACAAAAAAAAUUGGAUUCGAUCGUUGAUUUUUUACUGAGUUGAUACAGAUCAUCCAUGUACUUAAACGCCGUUUGUAACUCUUAAGUUUGUACAAAUCCUGAAAAUCAAGAACACGGCGCUGACCACGGGCGAGCUUAAGAUUUUGAGGUCCGUGGUUUUAUUCUAAUUGUGUAUUCUUCUAAAUUAGCACACUUUCCGGCUAAUGAUCUGAUAGUUAUGGAUGCCACGACGUUCAGGUUAGGCAUAGGGAUCGAUUUAGGGUUCAUGUUAGGCAUAGGGGUCGAUUUAGGGUUCAGGUUAGGCAUAGGGAUCGAUGUAGGGUUCAGGUUAGGCAUAGGGAUCGAUUUAGGGUUCAGGUUAGGCAUAGGGAUCGAUUUAGGGGUCAGGUUAGGCAUA